CACACUUAUUUAAGUUAAGAUCAACGAUUUCUUUCGUUAAAGUAAGAACGAAGGCCGCACCAUCAAACAAAAUAACAACUAAUAAUUCAAAUGACUCACUUUUUGAUAAUGGUAGUGAUGAAACCUGCUAACUUAUUCGUAUCUGUUAAAUUCUCUUAUCUUUUUAUACCUAUUGCACUAAUGUUUAACCAGAUUAUAAAAGCCUUAUCGUGAAGACCUGCCUUAGAUGUAUGGUAAAAUAUAGCAUUUAGUUGCGUAUUGAAGAGUCACUGAGAAUAUAGCGUGGUCUACAUACUAGUUGUAUCGUUGUAGACAAAUCAAUAAGUGUAUCUGGUACAUUAAAAAACGGCAACUAGAUUUUUAAUAUAUCACGUUGCUACAACAAUGGAUAACUGUCGAAAUACUAACUUACAUACUUCAGUGCUCUGCUAUUUUUGCAAUGAUUCUUUUGAUGAAAGAUUCUGGCAUGAUCAUGUGCAGCUUUGUGGUUCAAUUUUAGAGCAAUGUCCAGGAAAAUGUGGAGUUUAUGUGCCCAGAAAAAAUUUAAAAUCCCACAGAAAACGAUGUAUUUCUCGUUAUAAUUUUGAAAGAAGUAACACAAUACCACAACGUACUUUGCAUAUGGAUUGCGAGGAUAAAGAAAUAAAAUGGCGUGAUAAUGUUUUCUCAGUACUUAAUUUACUGAGAACGGCUGUGAAAGAAAGUGAAGUUGAACGAAGGAAACUUAUUGAUAAUUCUAUUAUGAUGAUGAAACGUCUUGAGACAAUUGAAGAAACUACUCAAUCAAUGAAAUUAAGUAUUUUGAGUGAAUCAAAUAAUUUUCAGCAAAGAUCGCUAGAAUUUGAUGGAAGACUGCAGAACCUUGAUCAAGCUGUAAAUGAUGUUGAUGGGAAAACUCGUGCUAGUUUUGAUGCAGUUGCUUACAGAUUAGAUGUUUUACAAGGUAUUGUGAUUGAAGAGAGGAAUAAACAAGUCAAGGUUUCGGAAGUUUUUGAGAAUGAGAUAGAAGAGUUGAAGAAAUUUGUUGCUAAAGAAAGUGCAUUAAUUAGUGAUGCUUGGGAUGAUCAAAAACGAAGAAUGAAUGAUUUAAAACUCGAGUUGGAAAUGAGAUGUAAAAAUGCUAAAGAGUUAGAACAGAAGCAUGAUAAUUUAGUUAUUAAAACAGAUAUGCUGUUAGAAGAAUUGAAGUUACAUUCAGAAGUAAUUGAGAAGCAAGAGAGAACAGUAAAAAAAUUGAAAUCACAAACACAUAAUGCUAUAUCAACUUUAGAAGAAUUGUUAUCUAAAAAUGUUGAAAGUCCAUCAAGUACUUGUGAAUGCCAAUGUGAUUUCACCAAUUUAAGUGGAGUUACUAACGGAAGACUCUUAUGGAGAAUAAAUCGAUACAAGGAGAAAAUGACAGUUGCCAAGGAGAAAGACUUCGUACUUUAUAGCCCAGUAUUUUUUAACAAAGAGUAUGGUUACGCAUUAAAAAUGGAGUUAUAUUUGAAUGGACGAGACAGGUGGAGAGACAGAAAUAUUAUAGGAUGUCUGAAAGUAGUGGAAGGACCUUGGGAUCCUUUGUUAGACUGGCCUUGUGUUUUGCGGGCAACAGUAACACUGAGGGAUCAAGAUAAUCCUGCUAAUAAUAUUCGAAAAAUAGUUAAAACCAAAGCUAGAAUGAGGGAUGACAGUAGUAGUGAUUCAGAAAAAGAUUCCGCUAUAGAUAUGUUCAUUCCGCAUACAACUUUAAUUAGGUACGAUGGAUUCACCCGAAACAAUGUUCUUUUUCUAGACAUUCAGAUUACUGAGAUGCGAGACAGUAUAUCAACGUCAUCAUUAACAACACAGUAAAAGUGUAAUAAUAAAUCUAGUUGCUUUAUUAGAUACUUUUUUUUAUUAAAUUAUCAAUCAAAUUGAAAUUCAAUUAAAUUGUUGAUAUUAAAAUUGGUUGUAAAAUAAGAACAAAUUUGUUUUUGAUUGUGCACUCUAAAAUCUUUUUUGUACAAUUUCAUUAGAACUCAGGAUGGCAGAUACAAAUAUUUAUGUUUGAAAAAAUGAUUCAUAUUUAUGUGUCUACUACAUCAUCACUCAAUGAUGACCUAAAUUUUUUGUAACAAAAAUUUAUAAAUUUAUAAAAAAUUGUAUUUUAUUAAAAAUAGCAUGAUUGUCUUGAAAUUAUUUUAAAUUUUUAACGCAUCUAGCCAAUUGUAUAUUACUUUAAGGCGCCUCGAAUUGAAAAAUAUUGAUAUAUAAAAGUAUGUAUUUCUUAUUCUUCAACCAUUCAUCCUUAUCUCAUUUCAUUCUAUAGACCAUUUCGCGAAUCUUUUUCUGCAAGUAUUUUCUUAUAUUAUCUAUUUAUUUUCUAUAUCUAUAUUUUUCUGCUUGAGGU